AUGACAUCGCCUGGCGAUGCUACUCCGGUGAAACCUCCGCCGUCUUUCUCCCCCGGCACCGCGCGAGGCGCAUCCGACUCGAGAUACCCGGAUGAGCAUAAUCAAACUCCCUCCAUAGGUGCCGAGGUGGCAGAGCCACAUUCAGGGUCUUCUCCCACCCCACCGCUAUCGACCCCGACCGCGGAGUUGCCAAUCCGAACAGACUCUCGAUCUGCCAGGUCGUCCACCCCGCAAUUGGCUCGGUCAUCGCUCGGUUCCCCCUUUGAUGGUCGAUUCGAUGGGUCCGAAGAUAUCAGGUCGUUAAUCAUACGCGCAUUUUCUCCGACUGUCGCCGUCUAUGCGUCCGAAGACACCGAUGAGCUGGUGAGGAAUAAGGGGUUUAAAGGGGGCUUUUGGGAGCUACUUCGGCCAUUUGGGGAGACGGUACCAGGGAAAGUGGUCAUUCGAGAUAGCAUCGGAUCAAGUCGAGCGUGGGAGGACUAUGGAGUCCGCUUUGUGGAUUUCAAAACCUUUGGCCGGUUGCCUGCCGUUGGAGGAGCUGAACGACCUUCGCCACUGGCCCAGAUGGAGGAAGUCCUGGAGAAACAAUUGGAAUCUGCAGAUAAUCCACUGGACGGCCCCUUGUCCUCGAAGGAAGUGUUAGGGUUUCCCGCAACCACGCCUCUGGCGAAGAUAUUCCUGAGGCAACUGCUCUCAGCUACACCAGCAGCUCCCCAUGAAACGUUCAGCCACCCCGUAGCCAGUGUCAUCACGAUCAGCUCACGCAAUGGGUCUCCCUUGGAGGCAUUGCGGCAGCUGUAUGCGGAGAGCAGCACUGGCGACCGGCGUCUACCUGAAUGGGUUCAGCAAGAGUACCUUCGAUAUUACGUGUUGGUUCACGACGAGGAGCGUGAUGAUAUCACUGAAUCUACCAAACUAUACGACCAGAUGAAAAGGCACUUUGGACUACAUUGCCACCUGUUGAGACUCCGGAGCAGCCAGUGCGUGGUAACGGAUGACGAUAGUGUUCAAGUUCCUCAAUGUGAAUGGCUGUCGCCUCAAGAACGGCUGUCUGGAGUUGGGGAGGCAGAGACGUUGGUGGACCUUGGAACAGACGGCACUCCAUAUCUUUUUGACUCUGAUGCUAGCGCUAUCAGAACCUUCGUUCGUGAGCUGAUUGUACAGUCGGUAAUUCCAUUCAUGGAAAAUCGCGUAGCGGUGUGGAACGACCAAGUGGCUUCCCGAAGACGUGGUAUCAGUGGUCGGUUUAUGUCGAUGUCCCGACGGUGGGCCGGCUUUGGAUCCAGCUCGCGAUCUGGCAUUGGCGGCUCUUCCAGUGGGAACAGUGGCAAUUACGAUCCCGAGCAUCAUUUUUAUCCCCAAGAUUCCCCUGAAGCUAUUCUACGGAAAAUGGCCGACUUUGCAUUUAUGCUUCGAGAUUGGAAGCUCUCCGCUUCAACGUAUGAGAUGAUCCGAUCGGAUUUUGGAAACGACAAAGCCUGGAAAUACCAUGCUGGAGCCCAUGAAAUGUGCGCCGUGAGCAUGUUAUUGAACCCUCUCGCAAUGUCUGCCAAAAUCAAGCUUGAAAGCGUUGACCAGAUGUUUGAGACCGCCUGCUAUUCCUAUCUAACGCGGUGUUCAGACGCCCCCCACGCUCUGCGAUGCCUGUCUCUCGGCGUCGAACUUCUGAAAUCCAGAGGUGGAUCUGCCACAGAGAGCGCAGCCAGAUGGGCCAUGCGGGUCAUGGACUUUGGCUUAGUUGGCUCACUGGGCCAAAUUCUGUUCAUGGAGCGAGUGGCUGCUUGUUAUGCUUCCAAAACUCCAGCCGGGGGAGCCAAAUGGGGUGCACGCCGCCGGAAAGCGGGUAUGUGGAGCAUAUUUGCUGCAGAUCAAUGGCUAAAGGCGGGGAGACCUAAUCUUGCUUCGGCGUGUCUCGAAGAGGCCGAGCGUCUCUAUGCUGAUGUGUUGGAGGCGGAUGGGACGUUCCCGAUGCCAGAGAUGCAGAGCUUCGUUGAAAACCUACGCCAUGCUGUGAAGGUCGAGUAUCUUCAAGCGAGAGGAUUUGACACACGCGAUGAGCCUGUAUCAGAAGACCUAGUCGGCACUGAAGAGAUCAGUGAAAAACUUGACAAGCGUCAUCAUCGUCGCUCUCUGAUUGGGCUUCCCGCGCAACUGGAUGCCGGGCACCUCGCCAUGAUCCCGGGUGCCAGGGACCCUGAAAAUACGCCGAGUGAUGACUUUGAACGAGCCUAG